GUGGGGCGGGCGGAAGGCUUGAGUGGCAGCUGGAGGCGGAGGCGACCAAGAUGGCGUCGGAGGGCGACUUAGGAAGGAAAUGGGACCGUUGUUUGGCCGACUCCGCCGUGAAGCUGGGUGCUGGGUUUGGCCUGGGCAUUGUCUUCUCAGUCAUCUUCUUCAAAAGGAAGACCUGGCCCAUUGCUUUUGGAUCAGGGAUGGGCUUAGGGAUGGCUUAUUCCAAUUGCCAGCAUGAUUUCCAGUCCCCUUACCUCCUCCAUGGAAGAUUUGUCAAGGAGCAAUGACAGGGGGCUGAAGGACCCCUCCCUCCGUGGCAGAGGAACGCAGGUACCUGAAGUUUCGCCCUCCAGGAAGACUGAAGGGCCCUUGGCCUCGUGACUGCCGUCUUUGGAAGCACCGGGCUCUUUAUCUCUAGGUCAAUACCUGGAAUCCAAUCCUGUUUUGUAUAUCGCCUUCUCCCAGAGACAGCUGGGAAGGUGCUGCUCUGGGAACUCAAAUAAAAGUGACAAGACACACGCACA